AAAUUUUAGGGAGCUACAAGGGGUUGACUAAAAGCUUAAAGUCGAAUUAUAACUUGAUCGCACAUAACGCCACGGCGACCAGCGUGACUGAUCGGAAAAUUUGCUCAACGCGGUUUCUGAAAGCGACGCAUAUUAUAUAAUCGAAUUCGAAGCACACUGAUGCAGAAUCAAAAUCUCCCCAAUUUUCUUUAUGGUCGAAUCCCUAGAACUCAAGCAAUGUCUAUGCUCGUGGACUGCCCCAACUGCCGUACAACGUUGAAACUACCGGAUGGAGCCAGAUCGAUAAGAUGUUCUGUAUGCCAAACCGUUACUAAAAUCGCUGACACCGUUGUACCCUCUCUUCGCCCUUCUCCGUUUGCUGAUGUGACGGGGUAUGCGCCUUCACCAUCGCCUUACACUAAUGCUCCGCCGUAUCCUUACGCCGUUUCUCCGUUUCCGGGUCUAGCGGCGCAUGUUCCUUCGCCUUACAACAAUGCUCCGUCAUCUCCUUCGGCUGUUACAGCGUUUCCUGGUCUAGUGCCACAUAUGCCUUCACCGUCGCGUUUGAGCUAUUCCCCGCCGUCCGUUUAUGGCAGGAAGAAGGCGCUGAUCGUCGGCGUAUCGUAUAAGAACACUAGUCACGAGCUUAAAGGAUGCCUUAAUGAUGCUAAAUACAUGAAAUACCUUCUGAUUAAGACAUUUCAGUUUCCCGAAUCUUCUAUUCGUAUGCUCACUGAAGAAGAAACAGAGUCUAGCAGGAUCCCAACAGCACGUAACAUGAGGACUUCACUCUCUUGGCUAAUCGAAGGAUGUCAACCAGGAGACUCUCUCGUCUUUCACUUUUCCGGCCACGGUUCCCGGCAGAGGAACCUCAACGGCGACGAGCUUGAUGGUUAUGACGAAACCUUGUGCCCCUUGGAUUUUGAAACAGAAGGUAUGAUCAUUGACGACGAAAUCAACGCAACAAUCGUCAGACCUCUUCCUCUGGGAGCCAAACUUCAUGCAAUCAUCGAUUCUUGCCAUAGUGGGACUGUUCUAGAUCUUCCAUUCCUCUGCAGAAUGAAGAGUACUGGGCAUUACGAAUGGGAGGAUCAUCCGGAUGUGACGAUGAUCAAACAAUCUGCUGAUACAUCGGCGUUAUCAAAAAUCACAUCAACAGGGGCAAUGACGUUCUGUUUUAUAGAAGCUAUAGAACAUGGAAACGCGUCUACUUAUGGAAGCUUGUUAAGCUCAAUGCGUACACCAUCCGUAAUGCAUCAAGAGGGUUUGGUUCUGCGAAUUCUGUGCAUGAUAUGCUUUCAAGUAAUCGUGGGUUCACUCAGGAACCACAAUUGACUUCAUGUGAGCCUUUCGAUGUGUAUGCAAAACCAUUCUCCUUCUGAUCUUCAUAUUUGAUGAAGACGCACAUUCUAGUUGAGUACAGUUUGUAGAAAUUGUCCCUAUGUCUGUGUGUGAUUGCUAACUGUAAAGAAGUCAGUAUCGUUAUAAGUAAUAAGUGUGGAUAUAUAUAUAUUAGCUUUCUUGCUACCAUAUGAUGGUUUGUAACAAAGAUAAGAUUUGGAAGAUCUGAAUUUGAAGUUUGAACACAUUUGAACGUUUGUGAUGUGAAUGAGUGCUACCUUCUCCUUGAAUCUGUUAUAUUUUGAUUUGUUAAUUGUUAAUUGUCAUGAAUGAAAGAUUAUGAUCCAAGUUCAUGUUA